AUGAAGCUCUCACGCUUCAUACUCAUCCCCACCCUCCUCAUCCUCACCCUCCUCCUCACCACCACCUCCGCCGCCAACUGGGACAAAGACGAUCACGAAAUCUUCGAACUCCAAUCCGCCCUCGAAUCGACCUACGGCAAAUCCACCAACUUCUACUCCCUCCUCGAUAUCCCCACCUCCUCCUCCUCUGCUGUCAUUAAACGAGCUUAUCGAAAGAAAUCGCUCGAACUUCACCCGGACAAAAACCCCAACAUCCCCGAUGCACAGCAACGAUUCGAACGUUUGGGACUCGUGUACAAGAUCCUCCGGGAUGAGAGGAAGGAUCGAUACGAUCACUUUUUGAAAUCUGGGUUUCCGAAGUGGAGGCGAAACGGGUACUUCUAUGAGAGGUACAGGCCCGGGUUGGGUAGUGUGUUGGUGGGGAUCGUGUUGGUGAGUGUGGCGGUGGAGAUGGGGAUCUCGAGGUUGACCAGUGGUCAGGAGAGGAGUAAGAUCGAGAGGUUGAAGAUGGGCGCUAGGUUGGUUGCGUGGGGCCCUCGAUACCAGGAGGUGCUCGCUUCGGUGGGUCAAGGUGAGGCGGAGAGCAAGCUCGCCAAAGGGGAGAGAAAAGUCAGGGUACCGAUCACAGGCUUCCCCUCUCUCCCCGCCUAUCCUUCCCAAGCGGAGAUCCGAUCAGGAAAAGUCGAUUGGGACAAGCAAGAAUCCCUCACCCGAGCUGUUCUCACAAACCCCUCCACAGCCAACGACGGCAGCGGCGCACCCAUCGUCGACUGCCUCGUCAGCGGAGCCGACGUCUCCCUGCUGGACAAGUUCUCCGGCGAAUGGAUCCGGUUGGACGAGAACGACGCUGCUCCCAGCAAGAUCGGUCAGACGUGGCCCGUGAGGCUGGUCCAGGCCGUGGUGAACAGGUUCACGGGCGGUCACGAGGAUGUACUGGGCGAGGUGGAGGAUGACCUCGAAGAGAAGGUCGAGGUCGUCAAGGAGAAGGUGGCGGGUGGUAAGAGUGGCAAGGUUGGGAAGGGUAAGAAGAACAAGUGA